GGCGAGGCGAGACCGGUCUUCCUGCGCAACUUCGCCGUCUCGCGCGACGGGGGCCCGGCUACGGUGGCCGGGCGGGGCCAGGCGGCGCCCGAAGCGAAGGCGGCCGGCGCUGCUGUGAGGCGGAGCGCCUGGCUGAGGAGAGCCGGACCCGGCCGGCCCGGGGAGGCGAGACGCGGCGCGGCUGACGGGCGGGCGGGCGGGCGGGCGGGCAGGCAAGAUGCUGGAAGCGGCCGGGCCGGACCCGGAGUUGGACGGGGAGGACCUGGUCCACUUCUCGGUGGGGGACCUGCCCAGCCGGGGCUACGGGGUGAUGGGCGAGAUCCGGCGGCAGGGCAAGCUCUGCGACGUCACCCUCAAGGUUGGAGAUCACAAAUUCAGUGCCCACCGGAUCGUCUUGGCUGCCUCCAUCCCUUACUUCCAUGCCAUGUUCACCAACGACAUGAUGGAAUGCAAGCAAGAUGAAAUAGUGAUGCAGGGCAUGGACCCAAGUGCCCUGGAAGCCCUGAUCAACUUUGCCUACAACGGACACUUGGCCAUCGACCAGCAGAAUGUCCAGUCCUUGUUGAUGGGGGCCAGCUUCCUGCAGCUGCAGAACAUCAAGGACGCCUGUUGCUCUUUCCUCCGAGAGAGGCUCCACCCCAAGAACAGCCUGGGAGUGCGCCAGUUUGCCGAGACCAUGAUGUGUGCCGUUCUCUACGAUGCUGCCAACAGCUUCAUUCACCAGCACUUUGUGGAAGUCUCCAUGUCGGAGGAGUUCCUGGCCCUCCCCCUCGAAGACGUCUUGGAACUGGUGUCCCAAGACGAGCUCAACGUGAAGCGGGAGGAGCAGGUCUUCGAAGCCGCCCUGGCCUGGGUGAGAUACGACAGGGAGCAGCGCGAGGCCUGCUUGCCGGAGCUCCUCUCCCAAAUCCGCCUGCCUCUUUGUCGGCCGCAGUUCCUCUCCGACCGCGUCCAGCAGGAUGACCUGGUCCGCUCUUGCCACAAGUGCCGGAACCUUGUGGACGAAGCGGUGGACUACUACCUGAUGCCAGAGCACCAGUCGCACCUCCCUGCCUUCAGGACCCGUCCUCGUUGCUGCACCUCCAUCGCCGGCCUGAUCUACGCUGUGGGAGGCCUCAAUUCAGCAGCAAAUUUCUAUGCAGGUGACUCGCUGAACGUGGUGGAAGUCUUCGACCCCGUUGCCAACCACUGGGCGCAGUGCCAGCCCAUGACGACAGCUCGGAGCCGGGUGGGGGUCGCCGUGCUGAAUGGCCUCUUGUACGCCAUCGGUGGAUACGACGGGCAAUUGAGGCUCAGCACCGUGGAGGUUUACAACCCAGAAUCGGAUUCCUGGUCCAAAGCGGGGAGCAUGAACAGCAAACGAAGUGCCAUGGGGACAGUGGUGUUGGAUGAGCAGAUCUAUGUAUGCGGCGGGUACGACGGCACCUCAUCCCUCAACUCCGUAGAAGCCUAUUCACCCGAGACGGACAAGUGGAUGGUGGUGACUCCAAUGAGCUCCAAUCGCAGCGCCGCUGGCGUCACGGUGUUAGAAGGCAGGAUCUUUGUCUCCGGCGGACACGACGGCUUGCAGAUCUUCAACAGCGUGGAGUACUACAACCACCACACAGCCUCGUGGCACAAUGUGCCCAGCAUGCUCAACAAACGCUGCCGACACGGCGCGGCCUCCCUGGGCAGCAAGAUGUUCAUCUGCGGGGGCUACGACGGCUCGGGGUUCCUCAGCAUCGCAGAAGUCUACAACCCCAAGGUGGACCAGUGGUACCUGAUCGUGCCCAUGAACACCCGCCGCAGCCGCGUCUCCCUCGUAACAAACUGUGGCCGCCUGUACGCGGUGGGAGGCUACGACGGACAGUCCAACCUGAGCUCAGUAGAAAUGUAUGACCCCAAAACCAACAGCUGGACGUUCAAGGCCCCGAUGGUGUGUCACGAGGGAGGGGUUGGGGUGGGCUGUAUACAGCUCCUGACCAUCUGAAGGGAGGGGAGUCCGUGUGGCGGGCAAACAACUGCCAGAACCUUGAGCCCAUUUUGGGAGGAGCCGUUUUGUGGAGCGCGUCGCCUGCUGCCAAGAGAGGCCCGUCCCUCCCAGGUGCUUGGAAUGUCUUUGUUUUGGAAAAGGCACAAAACGAUCGGAGCCACCUUCCUGUUAUGGUCCCACACAGUCCAGCUCGCGUGGAGACUGAGGCCACGUGACUGAAAGUAGCCCCCCUCCCUCAUUUCUUUUUCCCCCCUUUUCUGCACAGUAUUGAUUCUUAAUUUCUUUCCUGUUCUCCCGUUCUUCCCCUCCACCACCUCAGCCUCCUCGACAUGAUAUCUGGAGCGUGGGGAAGAGUCCGGGUACUUGGCUUCUGGUAAAACGAGCAGAUUAUUCAGUCCUACUUGGCUGUCCCUCUGAGGGACACCCCCUUUUUGUGCUUAGUACGCAGAGGGGGUGUCCCAGUUCCUUUAAAGAAAAUCUCGGAAGCUUCCUACAUUCCCAGCUCACAAAGAAUGUGUGUCGUCGAAGGCUUUCACGUCUGGAAUCACUGGGGCGUUGUGGGGCUUCUGGACUGUGUGGCCGUCUUCCAGUUGCAUUUUCUCCUGACGUUUCGUCUGCAUCCGUGGCUGGAAUCUUCAGAGGGUCUUCAGAGAUGCCAGCCACUGAUGCAGGCGAAAUGUCUGGAGAAAAUGCUACAGGAACACGGCCAUACAGCCCAGAACACCCCAAAGAAUAUGUGUUUAAUGGCUGGGGGUGUGUCUGAAAAUGCAACACCUGCUCCUUUUACCAUUUAGUGGGCUGGAUGCCUGUUUGGACCUCCAAGAGGUGCAAGCCAGUUCAGUUUCUACUUCAGAGGUAAGAUGGGACGAAGAGGACCCCACAGGUGUUCAUCCUGAGGAAUGAGCAUAACCUCACAGGAGUCAAGAGUGGGCAGAGAUGCCCCUCAGAGGCUGCCUCCAGUCCCCAUUAACAAGACCGUCCACAACCCCCAGUCCCCAGGAGUCCCAGCGCUUUUUGGGGAGUGUGUUCUGCAGAACCAGUUGCCUGGAUGAGUCAUUCAGACAAGCUAGAUUUGAGUCCAGUAGCUCCUUGCAGACCAGCAAAGUUUUCAGGAUGUGAGCUUUUGAUGGGCGCAGCUCCCUCUCGAAAGCUUAUACCCCCACACUCCUGUCGGUCUCGAGGGCGCUCCUGGAUUCAAAUCCUGCGGGAAACCAUCACAGUUGCCCUCUGAAACGAUCAUUCAGACAAGAUCUUUGGGAGCAUCUGGGGCACGCAGGUGAAGGGGUUUUACGCUGAACCUAAGAAGUGUACAAAGGAAACGUCGCCCGUGUGGAUUGAACAUGAGUGCAUCUUAACCACAUUUUAGUAGGGGGAGGGAGAGGAGUUGUUACCCCUGCUGUUUGGCAGCUGCAUGACUCUCCCUGGGAUUCCUGCCUUCUGGGAUUGUAGGCAGACAAGGCGCUCGGCUUCCAUUGCAGUGAAGCAGGAAGUUGGAUUUGAGGAGAGGGUUUGUUUAGAGCAACGAGGAAAGGGCUGCUGUUAGAAACAUCUGGCCGCAGAAAAGGUAAACCACCUCACCCUCUUGCAAAACAUGCAGGCGAUCAGAUCCUGUUUUGUUUAGAAAAAGCACAGAACUUUAACUGUUAGAAACAAGCGAGGCCGGAAUACGUAUCUGGUUUCUGAUUGAGGGGCAAGGAGGAAAUUGGCACUUCUUUUUCACCUGUGGGAGUCCAGCCACCUUUUGACCAAUUCAUAGAAUCAUAGAGUUGGAAGAGACCACAAGGACCAUCCUGCAUUGCAGAGGGUUGGACUGGAUGGUCCUUGUGGUAACUAUGACUCUAUGAACUGCCCAAAAGGUGACUGAAAAUCCCACAGGCAAAAAGGAAGUGCCAAUUGUCGAAGGCUUUCACGGCCGGAAUCGCUGGGGUGCUGUGUGGUUUCCGGGCUGUCUGGCCGUGUUCUAGCAGCAUUCUCUCCUGACGUUUCACCUGCAUCUGUGGCUGGCAUCUUCAGAGGAUCUGAUAGUAGGAAUGGAAAGCAAGUCUAGUAUAUAUUCUGUGAGGCCAAAAGGUGAAGCCCUCUGAAUAGAGUAGCCUGGUAUGUGAGUCACAAAGAAGUCUGUAGCCUGGGAGUAACAAUGAAGAU